AUGCUUCGUGGCCAAUCUCCACGCCUGAACCCAUUGAGCGACGACUUCGACCGGGUGAAACGGUAUCUGAUUCAGGAUGCCACGACCUAUGCGCAGACGCCUCGAGACAAGUUUUACGCUUUCUCGGCCCACCCGUCCAAGAACACGGACACUCUGACUCCAGAUAAAGUCUUUGGUCAGAGCUCCGACCCCAUGCUGGACUUCCAGUUGGGCUGGUUCAACAACAGCAACUACUUUCCAUCCUUCGUGGAGGAGAUGAUGGAGAACUAUAGUUCCCUGGUUCUCAACAGCAUCAGCACGGACUUUGUGGGGCUGAGUGGAUCCUUCGAGCUAACGAUGCGGCUCCAGAGCUUCUGCAAUACGACCACGACCACCCAGACAACUUCGACGGCGACGAUGACCACGGCGACAAUCACCACGAGUGAAGGCCUCACCAGUGGCGCGAACACUGAGAUGUCUGGCUGCAUCAACAUUUUCCUGCCGCUUUGGUCUUUGGUGGCCUCCUUGGGCUUGUUGUCAGCCUGA